AUAAUAUAUUUUUUAUUAAGAAUAAAUUUAUCCUUAUCCAUUAUAGUAUUACUUAUUAAUCAUCCAAUUUCAAUAGGAAUUAUUAUUCUUUUACAAACAAUUAUAAUUUCCUUAAUUAUUGGAUUAAUAAAUUUAAAUUAUUGAGUAUCUUAUAUUCUAUUCAUAAUUAUUGUAGGAGCAUUGAUAAUUAUUUUUAUUUAUAUAACAAGAAUUUCCUCUAAUAAUAAAUUUAAAAAAUUUUAUAAUAUUUUAGUUACUUUUAUUAUUAUUAAUCUUAUUAAUAUUUUAAUAAUUUAUAUAUAUGACUCUUAUUUUAUCUAUUUUAAAAAUUCUAAUGAAAUAUUUAAUCCUCACAACAUAGAACUAUUCUUAAGGAAAUAUUUUAAUUAUCCUAAUAAUUUUAUUUUAAUUAUAAUUAUAACUUACUUAUUAGUAACUUUAAUUACAAUUGUAACAAUUACCAUAAAUAAUUUCGGACCUCUACGUAAAAUAUUCUAA